AUGCAACGCGCACGUGGCGGGACGGUGGCAGCUGCUCAGGCUGAGCCAACGCAUGGCUCAGGUCAGGCCUUUCUGAUGGAGCCACUGCUUUCUCCUUUUGCAGACACGAGCCACCAGACCCGCGCCGUCUCCAGCCGCCCCUACUACAGUUUGCCCAACAGCAGCCAUGAGAGACGCUCGGUCCUCGCUAUCACGGAGCCGCCGCGGUUCCACUCCCAAGCCAAAGGCAAGAACGUGCGUCUGGACGCUCACUCCCGCAAGGCCACGCGGAGAAACAGUUUCUGCAACGGGGUCACCUUCACCAACCGGCCCAUCCACCUCUACGAGAAAGUCAGGCUGAAGCUGGUGGCUGUGCACCACGGCUGGAGCGGGGCGCUACGCUUCGGCUUCACCAUUCACGACCCAUCACAGAUGAGUUCUGACGAGAUACCAAAGUAUGCCUGUCCAGACCUAGUGACCCGACCUGGAUACUGGGCAAAAGCUUUGCCAGAGAGGUUUGCUGUGAGAGACAAUAUCUUGGCCUUCUGGGUUGACCGUCACGGGAGAGUUUUCUACAGUAUUAAUGAUGAGGAGCCGAUAUUGUUUCACUGUGGUAUUAAAGUUUCUGGUCCUCUCUGGGCGCUCAUAGACGUCUAUGGAAUUACCCAUGAAGUGCAAAUACUAGAUAGCAUGUUUGCAGAGACCAUGACCACUGCCCGUCUCAGCACUGCCCGUCUCAGCACUUGCCUUCCACAGAGCAACCACGAUUCAGCCAACUUCAACAACAAUGAACUGGAGAAUAACCAAGUGGUGGCCAAAAUUGCAAACCUAAACCUGAGUCGGGUACCAGGGCUCGUGACAGACAACCACAUCAUCCCCUGUUGCCCCAACCGACGGCAGCGUGCGCAGGGGGUCCCAGCCUUCCUGGACACAGACCUGCGAUUCCACCCCACCCGUGGGCCCGACAUCACCUUUUCUCAGGACCGAAUGGUUGCAUGCACCAACUGGCAGGAGAGCAAUAGGACUUUGGUGUUUUCCGACCGGCCUUUGCACAUCGGUGAAAGCCUGUUUGUGGAAGUAGGACAUCUUGGGUUGCCAUACUACGGGGCUCUUUCUUUUGGCAUCACUUCUUGUGAUCCGAGUACUUUACGGACGAACGAGCUGCCAGCAGACCCAGACUUUCUGCUGGACCGCAAGGAGUACUGGGUGGUGUACCGAGCCUUCCCCGUCCUCAGCAGCGGUGACAUUCUCAGUUUCAUGGUCUUGCCGAACGGAGAGGUGCACCACGGGGUGAACGGAGCCAGCCGAGGGAUGCUGAUGUGUGUGGACACCUCGCAAUCUCUCUGGGUGUUUUUUACAAUCCAUGGUGUAAUCAACCAGCUCAAAAUAUUGGGCACUGUGCAGUCCAGCCCAGUGACUGUCUCUCCCUCAGGAUCCCCUGGUGGCUCGCAGUAUGACAGUGACUCGGACAUGGCCUUCAGCGUCAACAGGUCAUCGUCUGCUUCAGAGUCAUCGCUUGUGACUGCUCCCAGCUCCCCCCUGAGCCCCCCUAUCUCUCCUGUUUUCCCCCCUCCGGAGCCAUCAAGCAGCAAGAACGGGGAAUGCACCGUCUGCUUUGACAGCGAGGUGGACACGGUGAUCUACACCUGCGGACACAUGUGCCUCUGCAACACCUGUGGUCUUAAGCUGAAGAAGCAGCUCAACGCCUGCUGCCCGAUCUGCCGUCGGGCCAUCAAAGAUGUUAUUAAAAUAUAUCGCCCCUAG